GUACACGUGCUGCUAAACUGACCAUGUGGUGGCCGAGGAUAGCCGGAGAUUAAGCAUAAAAUUUGAGCGUGUUUUUCCGCAGUUCCUGCUGGUGCAAGCGAUAACAAAAGAAUUAUUCGAGUGUCAAAUACACGAGAGAAACAAACAGGCGAUAAGUCGUGCAAGUAAGGAAGAUCUCUGUAUCGUUGGCCGUAUCGGUAAAAGCCGCGUUUCCGUAGAGACGAGUCAGGCGAAAACUGCAGCUUCUUAUCGGUCCCGAUACUCGUAUCUGCUCUAGUCCGGUAGCUAGCAGUGCUUUUUUUGUCGUCGCCGAACGUGGACGCUCCCCUUCAGCUAGGGCUAACAUGCCUUGAGCUGCAUUCGCGGUUCACGUCGACGCCUAUCGAAAAUCUACGUCCAAAAGCACCAAGAUGAACUCCGCAAAGCCCAUCUCUAAAGAUCCCGUAGCCCUCGGAACUGUACUGGAAGAAAGUAACGCAGUCGUCGUGCCAGCAGAGGACGGUGCCAUCUCCUGGCGGGAGCGAUGGAUCCCGUUCUUCAAGAGCCUCAGCUUGGAAUUCAUCUUGUUUUUCUACACGACCACUUUCGCCAUGCGUUUCGUGGUGACCCAGCAACUGUUCAUCGCCAAGUCCUGUCUCUCCAGCUACCCGGAUGACGUGUGUGACAGACUCGACCUUCAAAACGCCACCGUGCGAGACAACGUAACCAAGAUCGCAAACGUCCACAACUUACUUCUCGUGCUUUCCGAGUUCGUGCCGGCUUCCGUCGUCUCCGUGUUCCUAAGCUCGUGGUACGACAAGCACGGCAAUCGAAUACCCCUACUGUUCAACUUGGCCGGAGCCGCCAUCCUGGACAGCGGGACCAUCUUGACGGUGGUCUUCUUCAGGACUCCCAUGUAUGUGAACGUACUCUUGGGGCUCGUCUGUGGCAUGACCGGAGGCAUGGUCUGCAUGACGGCCAUCGUGGAGAGCAACGCAUCGAGGUCCUCGAGGGAAGACAUGAGGGCUGUGAAGUUUCUUUUCGUCAUGAGUGCACUCCUGGUGGGUGUGCAGACAGGCCAGUUGCUUUCUGGCGAACUCUACAGUGCUGGAGGUUACCUUCCCGUGUACUGCGUGUCCGUGGGACUGGUCAUGUUCAGUCUAGGCAUGGUGGUGGUGUUCAACGUGGGCACUUCCGACUCGUCAGCAGGUUGGAGGGGCAUGCUGAAGGACCUCCGGGUUGGCAACUUCAAGGAGGGCUUCGACGCUGCUUUUGGAUGGAGGCCGCACGGUCUGAGACAUCGGCUCUGUCUCCUGGCCUUGUCACUAGGAGUCAUCUUGUUUAAUGCUGAAACCGGCAAGGGCAUCUCCUUCUACUACACGCUCAAGCGUUUCCACUGGAGCGUGACCGAGUACUCCAACCUGAGCGCCGGCUUCGGCGCCUUGGACAUCCUCUGCUCGGGUCUCUUCAUCACCGUCUGCAGCCGCCUGCUCGGGGCCCACGACCUCGUCAUGGCUCUCGUCGGAAUCAGCUCGAUGACCGCCUUCCUCGUCAUCAAGGGGCUGUCGUACUACACUUGGAUGUACUACAUGGGUUGUGCCCUCGGAUGCCUGACGAGCGUGGCGCCUGUGGCGAUCCUGGCGCACGUCUCUAAACUCAUCAGCAAAGACGAAGCCGGCAAGGUCUUCUCCUUCUGGAGUUCCUGCGAAUCUCUGGUGCCGAUAGCUGGGAAUGUGUUCGCCAGCUUGGUGUUCAACUCUGUUCUCGAAAUAAACCCUGGCUUACCUUUCUUCAUCUCGGCAGGGCUCAUGGCAGUGCCAUUCAUCGCAAUCACGUACUGCCUUUACAGGGGAUUGGUUGUGUACCGUUCUCUGGAAGACAAUCCCGACGUCGCGGUUAGGCCUAACGCUGCACCGUACAACGCUCGUGUUACGUAACGAGAACGCUUGCUUUACACUUUGUUACUGCAUACAUGAUCUUGUAUAGUGUACAGCAAUUGAUGGAUGUAUUUAUUCCACUAAACGUGAACCACUCUCAGUGACCAGUAUUUUUUUUUUAUUUCUUUUUUUUUAUCGUACAGCGUUUGGAAUGUUUUUAGCCUUGAACACUCGAUGAAAUCGCGAGAAUUUACAAUUGUUCUAAUAUUUGUAUUCUUGUUUCUUCAUCGACCUGCUCUCGUUUCAUUAUUCUUGCCAUGGUUUUCUAAACCUCACAGCGAUCAAUCAAUACCAGCGUAACUUCGAAACUGUCAUUUGAAAAUGUAUUAUUUCAGUGCUCAGUAAAGUUUCUACACGCCUGACCAAUUCGACCGCGCACCUGAUCGUGCGCAUACGUCUAUAGCUUCGUCUAGCUUCAAACGUUCUGGCUAAUUCAGGCCGAACGGGAGAUCUGUCGCUGUCUUGAGGGCCGCAAAAUGCACAAGUAAUACAAAUGAGGAAACAGAAAAUAAAUAAUCCAUAAUAAGUAUUUAAAUAAAAAAAUUUAAAGUCGAAGUAAAAAAAAAUAUAUAAAAUAUGAAAUAAAUGCAUAAACAGAUCGAUUUUACUUUGAAAUUUAAUAUUUAGCUAAAUAUGACAUUACACAUUAACUGGGACCCAGGAAACUCAUCGGGCGUAAAUCAAAGUGCGUGGGACCUUUGGCAUGUUCCAACAGGGCAGAAGACUGAUGAGAAUGACAAAACUGUUGCUCACGAUAUGUAAUGGAUACGACACCGGACACUAAGCACAUAUACACGGGGACGCCAAAGUCUUCUAUGAACAUACGUAUAGUCACACAGAUAUGAAAGAGGGGACUAAGGAUGCUGAUGCUGGUGUCGGAAACGUCCAAUGAAUAAAAUUACGAGAGGACACAUCUUACGA